AAGAAGCAAAUACAUAGCCAUCCUAGAGUAUUCCACCAUUCAGCGAGAUAGAUAUUUUACCUACGUACACUUCUAUUAGCGCAACACAGCAAGGUAGCUCAAGUAUUUUAUUCAGUCUUAGUUGGAUACCUUACCAGGAGACAAAGACCAAGCUGUCCUUAGAUCAUUUCUUUUAUCAGGAGAAAGCCUCCAUGGUCAGCUGUUGCUUUCAAGAAAUCUCAACUCUCGAGUUGAGUGCUUAAAGUUGAUUCUCUAGAGACGCCUCUUUGCUCGUCGAGUGGAUCACCACUCUUGGCGAUACUGCGAGUUCCAUCAUUCGAGACGAGCGCCUUUGCGUCUCGGACCGCAACAAUUGGCAAUGAAUGGAGAAGUACCUCCUCUCUCCUUGAAGGCGAGGAGGAUGAGAUCAAAGAAGAAUAUGACCAGUGAGCAGUCGAAAUCAAUCGGUUUGCAUUGAGGAGCAGAGCAAGCUGAAGUUUUCCAUGAAAUGUGCAGUAGCAGCAAGCAAACACAGAGGACAAAGCCAUAACAGAAGAGCAAACUUGACGUUUCAUCCCGUCUCGGCGGACGCGUUCGAUCCCCUCCUUUUUCUUUUGGCUUUCGUGCUCCAGAUGCUAAAGAGGAAUCCACCAGAGAUUUGGGAACAAAGAUGAAGCAGCAGCAGCAACAGGAACAGCAGCAGCAGCAGCAGCUUUUUCAUUUCUUGGCACAUAGGAGAGGUGCUGUUGGUGGAUUUGACGAUGGUGCGUGAGCCAUUUUUUUCCUCCUUUGCAUUCAUUCAUUAGCCUGCGCGCGAGGCCUGACUGUGAAACCAGCUGGAGCUCUGCAUUAUCUCUGCUGCUCCUCACGGGCCCUCCCCACUUCCAGCUUUACAAAGCCCACCACCUUUGCCUUUUAUCAAGACUUCCCUUUUGGAAGCCUCCCAUCCACAAAGCAAAGAAGCAACCGCUUAUACAAAAGCUAUGAUGGAUCAUCGUAUUUUUAACAAAAAGCUUGGCCAAAGUGGUGGUUUGGUUACGAUUCUCAAUAGCGGUGCCACGAAAAAAUCUAAGAAAUUCGUUAACAAAUCCAAAGGCGAAGACCAGAUUUGUGGUCGCUCCAAUUUUUUUUAAGACUCCGAAGAGGUUUUAAACAAAAGCAGGGGUCACGGGAUCGAAUCGGGUCAAGCCCAUAUACCUCCGUACUGGUGUACAGUAAGAAAAUACCCUUCUUUCUCCUUUGUAAAGCCUGGGGGCAGGGCAGCGGCAGCUCCUCCCAAGCUGAUCCUGGCGAGAGAGUGAAUGCAUGCCCGCCCUGGCGGAGAGAAUUUGAGAUCAUUGAAUCGAUGCAUUGCUUCCAUUCCAAUCAUUAGUACUAGGCCGAGCUCGCUCGGAUCAAUCAGUCGCGGAUAGAAGGCGCUAGGAAGAGAAUUCAAUGGCGUGGUGCAUGCUGGCGCUUGCUCUUCUUCUCUUCCUCGCCGGAUCGACGCCAAUUGCGAUUGCUGGUAGCAGCGGUCGAUUGCUCAAGAGCAGCCACGAAUCCACAGUGCUGGAUGUGGACGCGGUGCGCCAAUCUCUCCUCCAUCGCCCGGCCAAAGGAGCGAUCGACGAGGAGGAGAAGAAUGCAGUAGCGGAGAAGGAAGAAGAGGUGAUGUCCAUCGUCCACUCGAGCCACUUCUCCGCGCACUCCACCAGAUCCCACCGCGAGGUGCUCGAGGCGCGGCUCAAGAUGGACGCCGCGCGGGUGGAAGCCAUCGCCCAGCGCCUCGAAAUGGCGCUCAACGGCGUCAAGCACCGCGAUCUCACGCUCGUCCACAACGCAUCCUCGUCGCCCGCCACCGUCUUCUCGCAAUCCGAGGCCGAUUCCUCCUCGGGCAGCCAGGUCACGUCCGGCCUCGCGUUUGGAUCCGGCGAGUACUUCGUGCGCGUCGGCAUUGGAUCGCCCACCAAGCUCCAGUACCUGGUGAUGGACACCGGCAGCGACGUCCCCUGGAUCCAGUGCUCGCCUUGCAAGAGCUGCUACAAGCAAAACGACGCCGUCUUCGAUCCACGCGCGUCCUCCUCCUUCCGCCGCCUCUCGUGCUCCACCCCGCAGUGCAAGCUCCUCGACGUCAAAGCUUGCGCGAGUACGGACAAUCGCUGCCUCUACCAGGUCUCGUACGGCGACGGCUCUUUCACCGUCGGGGACCUCGCCUCGGACUCCUUCUCGGUUAGCCGAGGCCGGACGAGCCCGGUGGUCUUCGGCUGUGGCCAUGAUAACGAGGGACUCUUCGUUGGCGCCGCCGGGCUUCUCGGCCUCGGCGCUGGGAAGCUCUCGUUUCCAUCCCAGCUCUCCAGCCGGAAGUUCUCCUACUGUCUCGUCAGCCGCGACAAUGGCGUCCGGGCCUCGAGCGCGCUGCUCUUCGGGGACUCGGCUCUUCCCACCUCGGCCUCGUUUGCUUACACGCAGCUGCUCAAGAAUCCCAAGCUCGACACCUUCUACUACGCUGGCCUGUCCGGGAUCAGCAUCGGAGGUACGCUUCUGUCCAUCCCUUCCACGGCUUUCAAGCUCUCGAGCAGCACCGGACGCGGGGGCGUGAUCAUCGACUCGGGCACCUCCGUCACCCGGCUGCCGACGUACGCGUAUACGGUCAUGAGGGACGCGUUCCGGUCGGCGACGCAGAAGUUGCCUCGGGCAGCCGACUUCUCGCUGUUUGAUACGUGCUAUGACUUCUCGGCCCUGACCUCCGUCACCAUCCCGACUGUGUCUUUCCACUUCGAAGGCGGGGCGAGCGUCCAGUUGCCGCCGAGUAACUACUUAGUGCCGGUUGACACGUCCGGGACGUUUUGCUUUGCCUUCUCGAAGACUUCGUUGGAUCUGUCCAUUAUCGGGAACAUCCAGCAGCAGACUAUGCGUGUCGCCAUUGAUCUGGAUUCGUCUCGGGUUGGUUUUGCUCCCAGGCAAUGCACUUGAUUCCAUCGACUUAUAAUAUAUAUAAGCCAUAUAACUGUAUGUAACAAGCCAGCCUUUUUGCCUGGAAUGUAAACACCGAACUGUCAGAAA